GACUCUAGGACCGAGAGCUAACGUACGAAAAACACCGGGAAAGCUGCUCUCAGGCUUCUCUCUAGAUUGAGUAUCACUGCUCGAUUCAAUUGGAAAAUGGAAAUCCGAUUACUUAAACACCCUAUGCAUUAUGUGAGAAGUGGAACGCACCGUAUAUGAUUGAUGAAAAUAUAACCUACAAAUUAUUUGAUACAUUGUUUGUAUCGGGAAAAGAAAAUUAUAUGAGAAAAUAUAAAAUCAAUGGUGCCCAAGUAAAAGAAAAAAAAAGUAAAAGUGUCAAAAAAGCCAAAAAACAAAUACUUGAUUGAUGGCAUGUUAAAUAUCUACAUCAAAAAAACACUACAUUAUAUGCAGUGAUAUAAUCGAGUGAAAAUGUCAUUAAAAAGAAAAUUGACGCAAGAUGAUUUGCGUAAGGCAAUGACGGAGCAGAAGAAAAAACUCGGCAUAAAUAAAAAGAUCGAUUCGCCAUUAGCAAAAUAUACAGAUUCAGAUCAACUUAUGUGCAUUUUAUGCAAAUCGAUUGUACGCAGUGAAACAGUUUGGCCUGUUCACUUAUAUUCUAAAAUACAUAGGGAAAAUGUGACAUUAGCAAAAACAACCAAAUUGGAAACAGAAAGUUCUACAAGGUCAUCAAAUAUUUUACCAUUUAAAAGAUCUCUCUCUCCAUCUCAAGAUAUUUCUGUUAAAAAAAUAAGAGGAAUAUUAAAAAAUUCCAACUUGUCAGAAGUGCAAACAAAGUCGAACUUAUCAAUAGAUUUUUUUCAUAAUAAUUUGAAACAAAUAAAUAGUAUAUCUAUGCAAAAAAAUGAAAGCAAAGAUUCUGCAACUAGUACCGCAGAUAUAAAAUAUAAGGACAUAGAAGAAGAGAAAAUAAAAGAUACGAAUCCAACUGUUCUUCCAGAAGGAUUUUUUGAUGAUCCAGUAAUGGAUGCUAAAGUACGUAACGUUGAAUAUAAAGAUCCGAUUGAAGAAGAAUGGGAAAAAUUCCAAAAAGAAAUUAAAGAAGAGACUGCUCAAUCUGCACAAAUUAUUGCUGAUGAUCAAGAGGAAGCAACAACAGAAAGGCAAUUGGAUGAAAUUGAGGAGCAAAUUAGGCAUUGGUCACGGGUAAUAGAUCUUGCAAAACACAUGGAACAAAUUCAAGGUACUGAUAGAAAGCAAGAAAAUAUUGAUGAUGAUGUAUUAAGCAGUGAUGAAGCAGAAUUUGAGGAAUUUCUUGAUUGGCGAGCAAAAAAUUCAUAUAAAUAAAACCUUUUAUGUAUGUACUGAUGUAUGUAAUGAUUUUGUAAAUAUUCUAUAUUUUCUUGACAAGAAAAUUAUUUACUUAAAGUUACAAAACUGUUACAUUUAUAUUUUAUUGCAACUUUUUCGUUAAUCAUAAAAAUACUGCUAUAAAAAUGAUAAAUAUAUAUAAUAUAUGAUAAAUAUAUAUUAUAGAACUUUUAUGUCUUAAAAUGAUUUGUUACAUAGCCGAUGAAAGAAAUACUAAUAUCUCUAAUUAAUUUUGCAUUAAAUAUUUUUUACUUAAAAAAAAAUUCUAUUUGUUAUAUUUGUUUGCUUUUUUCUUAUUUGUAUAAUUAUUUAGCUUUAUAUAUACAGCUAGAUUUUUUAUUUUACUUAAUAUUCUGAUGAUAUGCAAACUUUGUCUCUUUUGCUAAUUUGACUGCUCUAACUCUAAAUGAUUAAAAUAUUUACUAAUUGUAAGAAAGAAGAUCAAAUUUUUAUGUAAUUCUUAGUGUGUAGUGUGUAUCAUAAUAUAAGAUUUUAUUAAAAUGAAUUUGAAGAAUCAGAAUAUAAUAAAGUUUUAGAUACAUUGAAAUAGAUUACUUUUAUUAAUCGUUGUGUAAGAGAAUUAUAUAUAAUAUGAAAUGUAUAAUAUAAAGAUAUAAGACAUAUGCUAAGCUAAUAAAAUUAAUAUAGAUAAGUAAUUACAAUGAUAGGUUAUAUAAUAGCCGUAGAUUCUGCAGAGAAAGCGUCCAUUGCCAGUUAUCAUCUUGUAACACUCGACAUUGGUUCAAAAGUAAAAGUCAAUCACGUUCAAUUGCUAAUGAAUGACUUUCUCUGCUGAACGCGAUAAAUUUAAUAAUAUCUGCUUUCAUUUUGCAGACACACACACAUAUGCUAUUGUUUAUAAAAUAUUGAAAAUAAAAGGAAGAGAAUAUUA